AUGAGUGCUGACAAUUAUGAAGAAGAAAAUGCUGGGGAAAGAAAAUGGUUAGAAUUUUGUCUCUGGGAGCAUUUACUACUUUGGCCACAACAAUCAUGUGGUACUGACAUGACCCAGCACGCUAGCACCAUGGUUUCACAAGACGGCAAGAUGCCAUUGUACUUGGCACUUGAUGCUUUGUCGCUUUUGCCUUUAAUACGUGGAGGUUUUAUGGAAAACAAACCCACCACGGUAUCCGAUUCCGCUGUGUUUUCAUACAAGGAUAU